AUGGAUGUCGUCAGUCAGUUGCAGAAACAAUUUGUUGAUUACUCCACAUCUCUGUAUCGUGAGGGGUUCUUGGAUGAUCAGUUUGUACAGCUUCAGAAACUGCAAGAUGAGAGUAACCCAGAUUUUGUGGUUGAGGUGGUGUCUCUUUUCUUUGAGGAUUCUGAGAAACUUAUUAACAAUCUGGCCAGCGCUCUACAACAGCAGAUUGUAGAUUAUAAGCAGGUUGAUGCCCAUGUCCACCAGUUCAAGGGUAGUAGUUCAAGCAUAGGUGCACAGAGAGUGAAGAAUGCAUGUGUUGCCUUUAGAGCUCAUUGUGAUGGGAGAAACCUUGAAGGGUGCAUGAGAUGCCUGCAACAAGUGAAAUUUGAGUACUCUCUCGUGAAAAGCAAGCUUGAAACUUUGUUCAAGCUGGAGCAACAAAUCUUGGCAGCUGGUGGGUCCAUUCCUGUGUUGGCAUAAGGGCUUCAGAGAGAACCUGAAGGUUGAUAUUGUUGCUGAGUUUUUCGGAACAUUUUGUAGUUGAUGAAUUGAGCUGCUUUGACUGCUCGGGGAUGCUGUUACAUGUAGGUCUUAGGAUUGUAUGUUUCAAGUUUGGAAGCUUUUUUCGUUUUUUGUUUUUUGUAUUUUGGUUUGGUUUUUUGUUGGAAUGUUUUAAUCAAAUGGAUGAGAGCUUACUGUUGUAGUUAGCAUGGUGUGGACCAUUGUGAUGCAUAUUUCUGAUGCUGCAUAUUUUUUAUGACUUAAUGAACAUAUUAAUU